AUGAGCGUCGGCGUCUCACUUUUUCUCGUUCUCAUAAUUAUGUGUCGUGACAGUCAUCAGAUGUGGUGUCUUGACGGUUCGGACUGUGAAACAUCUGACACAUGUUCUCUGUGCGAAGGAGCCGCCUGUCUCAGAGUGCAGAGCAAAAUUAGCGUUUGUCUCGAUGAAGUUGAACUGCUGAGUCGCUACUCAGCGGUGCCUGCAUUCUAUCGAAAAAGCGCGGGAAAAAUUAUUUUUAGCAAACCUUCCAAAAAAAAACAUCGUAAAUCAACCUGGACGAGGCGUCACAGUUGCUUUGACGUGCUUACCACACGACUCAUUAAUCCACACGUACCAUCCGGAAGGCUGCCGAACGGAGCUCUCUUCUGGUGA